UAGAAGAAAGCCAACCACAAAAGCAAAAGCUAAUAAUUUGAAUUUAAUGUGACAGAGCAUCUCAAUUCAGAAGAAGCCAAGCCUCCUGUCUUGUAUAUUUUUUCUUUUAUUAUUCCGAGUCUGACCAAAAACUGAAGCAAGGGAAAAAACCAAAAGACUCGCCUUCACAAAAGCAUAAUCUAAAAAAGAUUACAAGAAAGUUGGUUUUGGAUUGGGUUCUUUAAAACCAGGGCUGCUGUGGAGGGAAGGAUAGGGAUGGAGGUGGUGCAUUAUCAGCUUGCUAGGUGUUCUUACCAAGAUUCUAUUAAGGUUCUGGAGGCUGAUGUACAGCAUGCCAAUGCUUUCAGCUGCAGUGGUGGAUCAUAAUUUUACUGCUGUGCAAAUUGAGGGGAAACAUGUAGCCCCAUUUGGGUUUCCGUACUUUGGAAUGAUUUCUCAAAUGGCUGCUGCAAUUCCAAGAGGGAAGGGUGGUGCUCGACUUCAAAUGAAAUUAGCGUACAAUCCCUUGGCGCCAGUCUUUUUGUUUUUGCUCCAGUGGAUGGAUUGUUCAUGCACGUGCCUACUCCCCAAGUAUCUCGAUCUCUUCCACAUACUCAUUUACAAGGUAUACACAGAUGGGAGGCCGAAUAUAUCUGCACAUGGAAGGAAGGCAACUAUUAGGGACUUCUAUGCUGUCAUAUUACCUUCUCUUCAACGUAUCCAUGGUAACAUAAUGGAGCUGGAUAAUGAUGAAGAUGGCCAUCCUGAAAUAGAGAUGUACGGCAAGAAAAGAACAGAAGAAGAUGGCAGGCUUUCCAAUAUGGAUUUGAAAAGGGAAGAUGAAUGUGGAAUUUGUUUGGAGCCUUGCACCAAAAUGGUCUUGCCUAAUUGCUGUCAUGCAAUGUGCAUCAACUGCUACCGUGACUGGAACACAAGAUCAGAGUCCUGCCCCUUUUGUCGUGGCAGCAUAAAGAGAGUUAAUUCAGAAGACUUAUGGGUUCUCACUUGUGGUGACGAUGUGGUCAACACAGAAACAGUUUGCAGGGAAGAUUUAUUGCGCUUCUACCUCUAUAUCCACCACCUCCCAAAACACUACCCGGAUGCUCUUUUCUUAGUGUAUUAUGAAUACUUAAUAUGAUUAGAAGUAAAUGAGAAGAAUGGUGUAAAGAGAAAAAAGAAAAGCCGACCUAAAUGUAAAUAGAGUCUGGUAAAGAAAAUCUUCUCAGAUUGUUAUUCAGCCAUUACCAUUCCCAUUUGUACCUACACAGAAGUUCAUAAACAUUAAUAUAUGACAACAUUGUAAUAAAAUUAAAAAAUUUCGUUUCGUUCCUGUUUA